GAAACAGCUUUUCCCCCUCCCUCCUUCCCCCAAAAUCCCCACCCUUGUCCUCUCGCUUUUGGGGUUUUUGCUUCGAGUGAAAAUUCUCUCUCUUCGUCUCUUCUGUAAAAUUAGCGUCAAUCGCUGUCGAAAAUCCUUCUGAUCUUUCCCCUAACUUAAAAUUCUCUCUCAUCUUCGAGUUUUGAUCCUCAAUUUCAUUUUCUACACUUCACUUUUGCUUUUGCUCCCAUAUUCUUCAGUUGAUUCUGGCAUUAAAUUUGGGGGUAAUUGAUGGAGGAUUAUGCGGAUAGCGACAAUGAAUUUUACUAUAAUGAGGAAGAAGAAGAUGAUGAUGAUAACUCAUUGAAUUCAAUUCAAGACGUAAAUAAUCAUGUCUUCUUCAGCCAUCCGAGUGGUUCCUCCAUCAAGGUGAUCACAAAGGAGUCACUUCGAGUGGCACAGAAAGAAGACUUGCACAGAAUAAUGGAUUUGCUAUCGUUGAAGGAACAUCAUGCAAGAACCCUUCUUAUACAUUAUCGUUGGGAUGUUGAAAAGAUAUUGGCAGUGCUAGUGGAAAGAGGAAAAGACCACUUGUAUGUGGAUGCUGGUGUCAGAGUCACAGAUAAUGCUAAUCCCUGUUCGUCGUCUUCUUUUCUUGUGUGUGACAUUUGUAUAGAAGAACGACCUGCCAAUAAAUUUACAACCAUGGACUGCGGCCACUACUUUUGUAAUGAUUGUUGGACAGAGCAUUUUAUUGUCAGAAUCAAUGAAGGUCAGAGUCGACGUGUUAGAUGCAUGGCACAUAAAUGCAAUGCGAUAUGUGAUGAUGGAAAAAUAAGAAAUUUGGUUAGCAUGAGGGAUUCUGCUGCGGCUGAAAAAUUUGACCGCUUCCUUCUGGAGUCCUACAUAGAGGAUAACAAAAGGGUGAAGUGGUGCCCAAGUGUUCCCCAUUGUGGAAAUGCUAUACGUGUUGAGGAGAAUGAUUUUUUUGAGGUUGAAUGUACAUGCGGUCAUCAAUUCUGCUUUAGCUGUUCAUGUGAAGCUCACUCUCCUUGUUCUUGUCUAAUGUGGAAGCUUUGGGCGAAGAAAUGCCAGGAUGAAUCAGAGACUGUUAAUUGGAUCACCAGCCACACUAAGCCUUGUCCUAAAUGUCACAAACCUGUGGAGAAGAAUGGAGGAUGCAAUCUUGUUGUUUGUGUUUGCAGCCAAGCAUUCUGUUGGCUUUGUGGUGGAGCGACAGGUCGAGAGCAUACAUGGUCUUCUAUUGCCGGUCACAGUUGUGGGAGAUUCAAAGAAGAUGAUCUUAAUAAAACUGAGCGUGCAAAGAAGGACUGGUGGCGUUAUAUUCACUAUCAUAACCGCUAUAAAGCUCACACAGAUUCAUAUAAGCUUGAAGCUAAGCUGAAGGAAACUAUACAGCAGAAGAUAACAAGUUUGGAAGACAGGGAAACAACAUCUAAGGAUUUCAGCUGGGUCACAAAUGGGCUCUGCAGAUUGUUUAGGUCCAGGCGUAUUUUGUCAUAUUCGUACCCGUUCGCUUAUUACAUGUUUGGUGUUGAGCUGUUUCCUGAUGAAUUGACAAUGGAGGAAAGGGAGAUAAAAAAGAAUUUGUUUGAAGACCAGCAACAGCAACUGGAGGCCAAUGUUGAGAAACUCUCGUUGUGUCUGGAGGAGCCAUUUCAUACUUUUGAAGAUGACAAGGUUAUGGAAACAAGAAUGCGGAUCAUAACAAUGACGAACAUAGUAGACAACUUAUGCAGGAAAAUGUACGAAUGCAUUGAGAAUGAUCUUUUAGAAUCCCUCCAGCACACAACCCACAAAAUAGCCCCGUAUAGGUCGAAGGGUGUGGAGAAAGCAUCACAGCUUUCUGAUGGGCAGAUCCAGAACUAUACUUGUGAUAAAUAUUCCGGCUCAAAUGGAGUGAGGGGGUCAAAUGAGCCAUCUACGAGCUUGAUUCUGAAUCAAAAUGAAAGUGGAUGCUCUUCCAGAAAACGUGCGAGAGCAGAGUCUUCUAGCUUGGGUCCCAGUCAAGUUGAGAGUGGAUACUCCUCCAGCAAACAUGCUAAUGCAGAUAUUGGGGACAGAUUUUUUGAUUUGAACUUGCCUGCUGAUAUGAUAAACAACAGCUGAAUUAUUCAUAUCUAACGUCAUUGGUUUUUGAUAUAACCCAUAGCCUGGAGUGUGCAACCGCUGAUUCUGAUGCCUUGGUAUAUACUCGCAAUAACAAAUUACGUUUUGGAGUUCAAUGUUAUUAACCCCUUUUUUGGUGCUAGAUGAAGUCUACUAUGUACAGGGCCUUUGAGCUAAGUAUCCAGGAAUUAUCAAAUUAUGUAAAGUUUAACAAGUACUUAAUGCAAAUAUGUCGUUAAUUUUUAGCCUUCCAAA